CUUCCCUCCACCCACUUACCCUUGCCCUCCGGAUGCACAACAUCCCCCUAUUCCAAUUCAUCCUCAGCCACGAAGCGGGCGACGAGCUGAUCCCCGCGGAGAUCCUGCUGUGGGCCGUCCAAUACGGCGACGUGGAGAUCGUGCGCUCCCUGCACGAGCAAGCAGGGGUGGAUUUCUUUGCCGAGGACCAACCAAGCCGCAUCGUGAAAUGUCCCGACCACAAAGUGCCCGCGGCAAUCGUCGAGUACGGAGGCCUGAUGCCCAUCGCGCACAUCCUGCUUCAUUACGCCACGCGCAACACCGCCGCCGGCGCGCGGAUGCUUCAAUGCUUACUCAGCAUGCUCCCACCGGGAGACAUGCGCCCGCGCCGCCGCUUCCUCAACGCGCGGUCCUGGUACGGCACCACCCCGCUGAUGGACGCCGCGCGCGCCGGCAACUACGCCGCUGUCCGCUACUUGGCCGACUCGCAAACUGCAGAGCUUGAUGUCGUCAACCCGCUCGGCAUGUCGGCGCUGUACUUCGCGGUGCAGCGGUUGGACAUCCAAGCCGUCGAGGCCUUGUUCGAGGCCGGCUGCGCGAACGGGAACGAGCGCGAUGAUAAAGACGCAAGGCCGGUCAAGCCGCCCUUCUAUGCCAUUGUCGAUGCGCAUCGCCGGCCCUGCGUCGAGCGGUAUGAUCUCGCAGAGUUGGAGGCGCAUGUUAACAGGGUGCUGGAUGUGGCCAGGUUGUUGUUGAUGAACGGGGCAAAUCCCCGACUCAAGUGGGAGGAGGACGUCGAGGACGAGGAGGAGGUCAAGACGGUGCUGGAGGAGGUGAAGACCGAACCCGUGCUGGAGAGGUUGGUUCAACUCUUGCAAGAAGUGCUGGAGGAGAAGGAUUUUCCGCUGAGUGAGGUUUGAAGCUCUGGCUUGGUUGCUUCGAGAGGGUUUAGUCGUUG